UCACAGCUUUCUAAUUAGCUAAAGACACCCAAUUGCCAGCUCCAUUCCCUCUGUAUAUUUAUUGAUAAUUGUACACUACUUCUUCAAGCAUCCUACGCCCUUCGCCACGCACACCCCUCUCUUUCUCUCUCCAUUACCUAUAAAUUCCUCCUCCCAACACAAAUACACAAUCUCACCAUAUUCCAAUUAAUUCUCUCGAUCUCUAGAGAUGGCAGCAUACAUUUGUCAUAGGAUUUCAGAAUUGCUCUUGGUUUCACUCUUUGUGAGCUCCUUUGUGGUUUCUUCUGCUGGCACUUUUGAUGGAGAUUGUGACAUCUUGUGGGGGGAUCAUCGUGGGAAGAUUCUAGAUAAUGGGAAGCUUCUCACACUUUCACUUGACCAAAUAUCUGGCUCUGGUUUCCAAUCCAAAAGAGAAUAUCUGUUUGGAAGGAUCGACAUGCAGCUGAAGCUCGUCUCUGGUAACUCUGCUGGCACCGUCACGGCUUACUAUCUAUCCUCAGAGGGGACUAAUCAUGACGAGAUUGAUUUUGAGUUCUUGGGGAACUUGAGUGGACAGCCUUAUAUCGUCCACACAAACGUCUAUACACAAGGGAAAGGGGAGAGAGAGCAACAAUUCUACCUCUGGUUUGACCCAACAAAAGAUUUCCACACCUAUUCCUUUGUAUGGAAUCCACAGCUAAUUAUUUUCUUGGUGGAUAACACCCCCAUAAGAGUAUUCCACAACGAAGAGUCCAUUGGGGUUCCCUUCCCCAAGAGCCAGCCCAUGAAGCUUUACUCGAGCCUCUGGAAUGCAGACCAAUGGGCAACAAGAGGUGGGCUUGUGAAAACGGAUUGGUCCAAGGCUCCUUUCACUGCCUACUACCGCGACUUUAAUGCUAAUGCCUGCGUGUGGUCUAGAGGCUCAUCUUCUUGUGGUUCAACGUCAACGAGCUCCGCCACUCCUGGUGGUUGGCAAACUCAAGGGCUCGAUGCAAAUGGGCGAAGACGACUCAGAUGGGUGCAAAAGUACUUCAUGAUUUACAACUAUUGCACUGAUUUUAAGCGAUUUCCUCAGGGUCGCCCACGUGAGUGCCGGCGUGCUAGCUAGCUCUUCAUUUGAAACUGAAAAUGUUGUUUGUAACUUUGUGUGAGUAUAUAUAUAUAUAUAUAUAUAUAUGUGUGUGUGUGUGUGUGUGUGUGUGUGUAA